AUGUCGGUCUUUUGUUUUCCAACACCUCAUAUUGAUCAAUUAACGGGUGAAAAAUAUUAUACAAAAGAAGAUGCUAUGAAUUUAACACCUGAACAAUAUGAAGAAUGGGUUUAUUCAAAUAAAACUGAACAUGUGAACGAAGUUCGUUUAUAUAAAACGAAAUUUUGGAAUAUGAUAUUAACAAAAUCUCCACCAUUUUUACCAUUUUUAUUCUGGCCUUUUGCUAUCUAUUAUUUAAUAAUGCCAUUGACAUUAAUACGAUUUUAUUGGACUUCAAUUGGUUUUAUUUUUUGGUUUCCACUUGAAUAUUUAUUUCAUCGUUUUCUAUUUCAUUUACCUGUUAUUGGAUAUCGUACACAAAGUUUUCAUUUCUUUUUACAUGGUAUUCAUCAUGUUGCUCCAACUGAUUUAUGGCAUGUAUUUUCACCUAUACAUGAAUUAGGCAUUCAAGUUUUUAUUGUAUGGAUUGUUUUUAAUAUUCUUCAAUUCUCAGAUCCAAAUGCUUUAUGUGCUGGUCUACUAAUUAAUUAUAUUCGAUAUGAUUCAGUUCAUUAUUUAAUUCAUGCUUAUACACCAACAGAUAUAUCAAAAAUUCCAUUAAUUGGAAAUUAUCUGAAAAAAUGUUCAAUUCAUCAUCGUCAACAUCAUUUUUCAAAUCCAAGAAAACAUUUUACUAUUAGUUUUAUUUCAUCAAUUGUUGAUUAA